AUGGAGAAAUGUGGAAUAAUUCUACUGUUGAUGACUAUGUCUGCCUUGCAUCCAGCGACUUGCUACUUGCAUAGUGACAUGACUAGACUAAUCGAGGAUCUUUUCAACGACACAAGAUACAGCAGACUUAUCCGCCCAAUUUAUAACCAGGAUAAAGUGAUGGAGGUCAACAUUACUCCUGGAAUUAUGACUAUUGAAAGUCUGGACUUAACAACGAGUGAGCUUCUUACUAUAAUGUAUAUUCAGAUAUCAUGGAUCGACGAGUUUUUGAUGUGGAAUCCCUUUGAGUAUGGAGGGAUCACAAAGUUACCCGUACCUUACGAAAAACUUUGGAUACCACCUUUAUCACAGUCAAACGGAGCAUUGAAAGAGAAUUCAGGCCAAAUAAUAAAUCCUGGAUUUGCCCCAGUUUUCGUUUUACCUAAUGGAUACGUGCUCCUCGUUACUACAGGAUACUAC